CAAAUAUAAUGUUUUCCUUUGUGAUUGUCUAAUUGUGAAUGAACGGUAAGUUUUCUACACCAAAAAUCGGCGUAUAUUUUCAAUAUAAUUAUGGAAGGUAUUCAAGUUAUCACUCAAGAUUAUAUAAAUGUGCAUAUAACGAAGUCAGACAGCGAAGAUGCCGCACCUGUCGAGAGGAGAUUCAAGAAAGGAAUCACUGUGUUGGAAUUUAAGACAAAACUGGAGUUAGUGACUGGAGGGUCAGCAGCUACAAUGAAACUGAAGUUGUAUGACAAUAAAAACAAUUUAGUGUGUGAUAUUGACAACAAUGAUGCCCUGCUCGGCUCUUACCCCAUUGAUGAUGGCAUGAGGAUACAUGUGGUCGAUAAGUUUGCACUUGUAAAAGAUUUUGAUACUAGUGACAGUGCUGAAAGAUUUCGUCUCUCUGAAGAAGAAUAUGAGAAGAAAGGCGACACACUGAGGUCCUUUCUACAACGUAACAAGCUUGGCAAAUACAAUGAGGAAGAGAUGAACAAGCUCAAAGAACAACAGCAGAAAGAGUUGGAGGAAGAAGCCAAGCUGGCGGCGGCGGUGGUGGUGGGGUCCCGCUGCGAGGUGCGCGUGCCGCAGCAGGCGGCGCGGCGCGCCACCGUGCGCUACAACGGGCCGCUGGCCGCCGCGCGCGGGCUCUGGAUCGGCGUGCAGUACGACGAGCCGCGCGGCAAGAACGACGGAUCUGUGAACGGGCAUCGCUACUUCACGUGCCCGCCGAACUACGGCGGCUUCGUAAAGCCCGUGUACGUGACCGUCGGCGACUUCCCCGAGGAGCAGUUCGACCUCGACGACGAGAUAUGAUCGAGUCGCAUCACAACACGCUCAACCGCCUAACCGCUCACACACCCUGAGUUAAACGUAGGACAUUAUUUGCCUGUUUAUUUUAUUAAUCACUUGUUUUGAUUCUUAAACUGAUAGUAAAUGGAACAUUUGAAAUAAUUAAAAAAAAAUAGAUUUUUAAACUGUUUCGUUCGACAUCAAAUCCAGAAUGGUAUUAAAAAAAAAGAAUUAGGCACAAGGUGUGAUACCUAAAAGUCUUAUAUUAUGUAGAUAGAGCAUCGAGCCUCAAAAACGGGCUAACUUUUUGUAAGCUAAUUGUCAAAUUAGCUUACUCGUUUUUUUUUAAUAUUGUAUAUACUUACGCACAUAAUGUAUCUUGGCGUAUCGAUAUUUCUUUAAUAAAUAAAAUGAAUUUUUGCGCCCUUAAAAAGAUGCAGAAUUUGUAAAACAAAAUAAAUAUAGAAGUUAUAAAGGAAUCAUUCAUAACUAUUUGUCACGCUAAAUUGUAUGAGAAAGUUGACACGCUUUUCUCGAAGCAUUUGUAUGGAGAUACUAUCUAUAUAAUGUAAGCUAUAAGUACAUAACCUACAUGUUUAUAUGUAAUUUUUUCGUAGCAUAUAUUUGAUUAUGAAAUAGAGAAGCUAUCUGUACAAAUACUUUCGAAUUUAUAUAAAAAUAAUUGUCUUUUUUUUUUUUAAAUAAAUUGGCUGAUUAGUAUAAUGUACUAUGGUAACUCAGUUUGUGUCGGUAUAUAUUAUGUAGCUUGCUAGCAGGCUAUGCACUAUGGCUUUAACACGUUUCGAAAUAUUUUAUUUGAUAUAUUUUCAUAAUCAUGAUGGAUGAAUUAGGAGUUGUAAUACUGAAUUGUGAUUUCGUCAAAUAUUUUGUAAUGAACAACAGUUUUGCAUUUUAAAAUGUUGUAAAGCUGAUUCCGACGCGCUGUUUCUCUAAAUUUCUCUAUUUAAAAUUUUAAUAAAAUUUGAUAAUUUCGCGUUAUUAUUGUUUUAUAGACUAUCAUAAAUUAUAAUAUUUUUUACUUAAAUCUAUUAGAAAAUUAGUUCAUAUUGGUCCUUACAAUAAAGAUUACGCUGUGAUAUCAAAUUUUAAUUUUAAAGGCAAGUUUAAAGAAAUUGCGUCUUAGUCGAUCCCAAUGUGAAAUGAAGUCUGUUCGAUUGACAUAAAGUCUAUUGUCCUAUACCGCCGUGAUAAACGACCCGAGCGAAAUAGCUGUAUUGUGAUGUCCUUUAGUAUGUUGCAUCUAUCAAUUUUCCAAAUAGGUAGAAUUAACAUUGCCUUUUUGUUUAUUAAUUAUCUACAUUUAUAAAUGUCCAUUCUGGAAAAAUGAAUUCUGAGAUGUAUAAAUUUAAAACAGCGGUCUCCAAACUUUAAAGCCUUAGGGCUAUGUUUUUUCCAGUAUGUUUCAAGGGCCAAAACAGUUUUAAGGGCAGAAAAAUUCUGGCCUUAACUAUAUUCCUACAGACCAGGGCCGGAUUGAUGACACUAAUCUUAAGUUUUUUUGGGCCGGAUUGAUGGCAUUUGUGGGCCGGAUUUGGUCCGCGAGCUGUAGUUUGAAGGCCCAUGAUUUAAAACAUGUUCUUAAUUUUUAUAUUUUGUAUAUAAAUAUCGUUAAUUUUCAUUGGUCUAGUAUUGUUGGUGCAUUUUAAUAAUGUUUACCAAUAGUAAAUAAAAAACCACCUUAUGGAUGAACAAAAGGCGUGAGCAAAGUGCCAAAUACAUAUAUGCUAUCACGCUCGGUUUGUUAUUCCGGCACAAGUGAGCAUAUUUGUUGUAAUUACAAGAUGGUUUGCUUUUUAUAUUGUAAUUUAAAAAGGUGAUUAAUAUAACAUUUUUGUACACGCCUAACAAGAUAAUUUCAUGUUAUGGAUAAGUACUUAAUAUGUAACUUUGAUAUCUUGAUGCAAAACGUAUAAACCAUAGAUUAAAUUUUAUAACGAUCACCAUGAUGAAUAUGCACUGUAAUAA